UUUGGAAGGAAACGGGUCAAACGUGGACGAUGAGUCUCAUUCAGAGUCUGAACAUCAUCCACUUCACUGAGUCUGAGACCAUCGACCAUGAAACGGAGCCUCGUCCUGUCGCUGUUUCAGCUGUUCCAGCUGUUCCAGCUCAUCACCGUCACACAGUCGUCCGCUGACAGCUGUGUCUGUGAGCUGAUAAACUCCCAGAAGCCUUUUCCUCAUGACAGACUGAACACAGCGAAGGAUGAAGCCUCCAGAUGCAACAGAAACAUCAGCUUAAAAAUGUCUGCAGACAUGGACACUCUCCUCCUGGCGUUGGACCGUCGUCUUCCUCAGAUCCAGUCCGAACUGUCGUUGCUGGAGGUCGAGGACGAUCGUGACCUUUACGGACUCCUCAGCCUCGUGGUCAUCGAGAACGAACUGUUGGAGAUCACGCAGAUCCUGGAGAAACUCAACGGGUCGACCGAGGGACACCAGCGCCUCACCGCCAACACCCAACAACAGAUCAUGCACAUCAAAGAAGAACUGAAGGAUCUGCAGGAGCUCGACACCAUGGAAGUGGUGAAACGACAACAGGCCAACCAGCGCCUGAAGAGGGACCUGGACCAGUGUAGGAACGGCCUCCGCACAAAGGCCCCAACCACCAGCCCCCCCCCAGGUUUGUGUCCCUACGGUCGGUUCAUGAACGUUUCCGGACCCCGGGUCUUCACGGCAGGAGAAUAUCCAGGCAGUUUUAAAUAUGGAGCCUGGGGUCGCGACCCUAAACCGGACCCAGGAAAGGAGCACUGGUACUGGAUGGUACCGAUGGCCUCCAGUAACAGAUACGCCCACUACGUCCGACGCUACAGCAGCCUGAGCUCACUGAUAGUCGGCGUUAGUCUUCCAGGUAACGUCAUGAUCCACAGCUCCAACCCGACCACCAACACCGUCCAGGGUCCAAAUGUGGUGAUGUACGGAGAGGCCUUGUAUUACAACUGCUACAACCGGGACGCUGUCUGCCGCUUCAACCUCACCACCAAAACCAUCAGCGACCUGCAGUUACCCAGAGGAACCAGGUUUAACAACAAGGCGAACUACUGUCACCUGGAGGAAUGUUACCCGUUCACCGACCUGGACCUGGCCACAGACGAGUCCGGCGUCUGGGUCAUCUACACCACCAACGACAACUUCGGUAACCUGGUUCUGUCCAAGAUCGAGGAGGGCAACCCGCUGAAGCUGGGCCAAACCUUGCAGACGUCUGUCUACAAACAGGCCGUGACCAACGCCUUCAUGGCGUGCGGCGUCCUCUACGUCACGCGCUACGUCAACAGAGACCAGGAGGAGAUCUUCUAUUCUCUAGACACGGUGACCGGGGACGAAAACUUCAACGUCGGCAUAAUUUUCCACAAGGUGCUUCCCAACAUCCUCGCCUUGAACUACAGCCCCGUGGACCAGAUGCUCCACGCCUACUGCGACUCCAACAUGGUGUCCUACAAAGUCCUGUUUGAGUAAACCACCACCGCUUCAACCAAAAAGUACUAACACCGCUAACAAAUUACAAAUGUGACUGUCAGGUACAUUCUUUAUGCAUUUACACAUUGUUAAAAGGAAAUGAGGGGAAAAUUAAUAAAAAUGCAGUGAAAAUUCAA